GAUUGCUAUAUCAGGCGUCUUCCUUUUGACAGAAGCUGGAAUACUUCAUCGCACUGAAAUCGUCGAAUUUGGACAUAGAAAACCAGGAUGAUAACAAACGCGCUCGAAAAUCCCACCGAUUUUCUGUGGCAUGAAUUUUGCGGAGGUUUGAGAAUGAAGGGAUGUUUGUAAUUGACUCGGAAGGUUAAAAAAGCCAUUGUAGUUGUUGCUUGUGUUAGCUCGUUCCGUUCUCUAUCUGCUCACCAAAAUACCUCCUAGCCAACCCCUAUAGACCUAUUUUAAAGAUACUAGAGUGAGGAAAAUAGGUAGGAAAAGAAAAGUUUAUUCGAUAUCUACUUUGUGAUAUCACGAAGACUAAUAGUCAUAUGAUCGCGAAGAAUCUCUAUUUGUAUGGAGCAGAAUUAUUUUUCCUUUCCUAAACUAAAACGUGGUAUGGCUGUCAUGUUGGAAACGCUCCGUCUUUACUACCCUCUUCUUACGUUCACGAAAUCAACAGGAAAUGCUCCAAGGACCAUCAAAUACGGUUCCAAAGACCUUCAUUUGCCACCAAACACAAUGAUUCUGCCAAAUCUCCUCGGGAUCCAAUCACAUCCCCGUUACUGGGGAUCUGAUCGACUCCUUUGGCGUCCCUCUCGUUGGACUAUAUCGUCUUCGUAUCAGAAUGAUGGACUGACUGAGGAACUUUGGACAGCGCCUAAAGGUUCAUAUAUGCCAUGGUCCGAAGGGCCUCGAGGGUGUUCGGGUAAGAAAUUUAGUCAGGUGGAAUUUGUAGCUGCCAUGGCGGGGUUGUUUCACAGGCAUAGAGUAGAGAUUGUGAAAGAGGAUGGGGAGAAUCAAGAAGAAGCGGAGAAGAGAGUUAAGGAAUUGUUGGAUGAUAGUGCCAUGGUACUUUUAUUGCAGCUGAUGAAGCCAGAGAAGGUUGGUUUGAGAUGGGUUAGAAAAUGAUAAGUGUAUGAAUGAUGUGAUUAUUCA